AAAAAACUGUCAAGGGCAAAUAACUCGUACUGUAAUAAAAAAAAGCUAACGUGACAUUUGAGGUAGUACACUAGUUUGAAUUUUUGACAUUCAAAACCAUGGAGAACAUUGGAAGAUCUGGACCCGGCCUUCAUGGAUGGCAGAAAAUCUUCACAACCAUCACAGGUUGGAGACCCGAGAUGGAGUAUCUUCCAGCUAUUCCUGCCGCUUGCACCUUGUACUUGUCAAUAUUUAUUUUUGGAUUCGUCCUUCACAACAUUACCAAACUUGUUGUGCCUUCAUUUUUGAGAGGGUUUGUUCUGGACUUUGUCAAAACAAUGACGCUUUGUGGUUAUCCUUUUGGACAUGGGAUAAUGAGAAAGUACUACGGGGAGGUGGGGUAUGUGUCAGCAAUGGUACCCAUGGUGUUUUUGACACUGACCACUCAGCGUGAUGGAUUUGGUAACCCCAUAGCAGUCUGGCUGCAGUACUUUAAGAAGGUCAUGCCUUUGUGGAUAUGCCUGGUAAAAAAUCUUAUCCAGUUAUCAGCUGGGAUCUCAGCAUAUCAUCUAGGCAUGUAUAUCUUGAACUUGGAACUUCAUGAAGCUUACGUUAAUCGACUGAAGAACUAUUAUGAGCAGUUUUGUGAGACAGACCUACAUGUUCCUGUCCAUGUGGGGUUUCUGAUCGAGUUUGCUGCAGUGGUGUACGAUUCCUGGUUCCAAUGUCAAGAAUUCACAAGGAUUCCUUAUAUUGAUCUCCUCAUCAAAAUUGUCAACAGCAGUCUGCUAGUGGUAGCAGGUGUCCACCUGACAGGCAUGUACGUCCAUCCAGCCAUGGCCGGGCACACAUGGGGGUGUGGAACAUCCAAAUUCACCCACAUUCUCAUUUACUGGAUCGGACCCAUGGCUGGUUCCUGGCUAAGCGUGCAGAUACAGAAGAAAAUAUACAUCAGGAGGCCGGGAACCGGAAAGCAAACACAGACAAAACCAAGGGUGAAAAAUGGAACCAAAACCGGUUUAGCAAUGAAGGUGCAGGAAAAUGGGGAUGGUAAAGGUCAAUCAAAGAAGCCAAUGAAUGGAGCAAGGCGGAGAUAUUUUAAUUAAGUUACGGGAGACAGAUCUUAAGUUUUUUUGUGUUUUAAUUUUCAUUCCUGUUCAAAGUUUUUGUUGGUAUUUUUUAUUUAUAAAAGGAUCAGGUGAUUUGACUUUUUGCUCAAAUGUUUAAUGUUUAAUUGUUAUGAUUAAUGAAUUCUUAAAUAACAUUUUUAUGCCCCCACAAAGUGGCGGCAUAUAGGGUUGCCCUUGUCCGUACGUACGUACGUACGUACGUACGUCCCGAAGAUUGUUUCCGAUCUAAUUCUUGAAAACCGUUUGUCCAAUCCUCACCAAACUUUAAACACAUGUUUGUGACCAUAAUAUCUUGAUCAAGUUCGAUAGUCAUGGAAAUCGCUUUAGUCAUUUAGGAGUUACGGCCCUUUUUUGCCAAAUAUUCCCGAAGAUUGUUUCCGAUCUAAUUCUUGAAAACCGUUUGUCCAAUCCUCACCAAACUUUAAACACAUGUUUGUGACCAUAAUAUCUUGAUCAAGUUCGAUAGUCAUGGAAAUCGCUUUAGUCAUUUAGGAGUUACGGCCCUUUUUUGCCAAAAAUACUUCAAAAAUAUAUGUUUCCAAUCUAAUUCUUGAAAAGUAUGUGUCCAAUCCUCACCAAACUUUACAUACAUGAUUGUGACCAUAAUAUCUUGAUCAAGUUCGAUAGCCAUGGAAAUCGCUUUUGUCAUUUAGGAGUUACGGCCCUUUAUUUGCAAAAAAAGACUUGAAAAAUACGUCCCGAAGAUUGCUUUCGAUCUAAUUCUUGAAAACUGUUUGUCCAAUCCUCACCAAACUUUUAACACAUGUUUGUGACCAUAAUAUCUUCAUCAAGUUCGAUAGCCAUGGAAAUCGCUUUAAUCAUUUAGGAGUUAGGGCCCUCAGAUUAUCCUGAAUAAUCAUUAUGGCUUAUUUUCUGUGACAAAAAAUCGAAGUGGGGGCAUCCGUGUCCUAUGGACACAUUUCUAGUUAAAAUAUUCUUUUUAUCUAAUUUAAAUUAUACUAUUUUAUUGAAAGUUGACUUUUAAGUUUAUCUUGAGAGAAAAAGGGAAAAAAAAAUCUGCAAGAGAGUGAUUUUUGCAU